ACCUAAUUUUGUUACAUCAAAGUUUUAAAUUCUAAAUAAAUAACUUUUACCCAGGCCUCUUCCUUAUAGUGAAAUACCAAUACGGCAAUAUUUAUUGAGGACGCCGCCACAACACUACCCCUUACAGAUGGUCUGAAUAUAAACAAAAUAUACUAACAGUGGUAAACACCACAGAAAGCUACUGAUACGACAGAGCUCUAGCAGGAAUCGCAAUCAAAAUGCGCUCCGGUGGCCCAUGAAAAUUAAAUAAAAGCCAUGACUUAGAUGCAAUUUACUAUCUUUUUUUAGAACAACAACAGGUCUUCUCGCCUCACUUUAUCGUAUAAACCCGUUACGCAGCUGUCAAACAAUCUUAUUAUCAAAAACAGUGCUCCAAUUCUCAACAGUGUAAGUGUACUAUAGUACUACAGUUCCCAACAUUAUAUGUACACAAUACGUACUCUUACAGUUCUCACAAUUCUCCAGUUCUCAAUAGUAGUAUAUGUAAUGAGAUAUGUAUUCUUACAGUUCUCCAGUUCUCCAGUUCUCACAAUUCUCCAGUUCUCAAUAGUAGUAUAUGUAAUGAGAUAUGUAUUCUUACAGUUCUCCAGUUCUCAAUAGUAGUAUAUGUAAUGAGAUAUGUAUUCUUACAGUUCUCCAGUUCUCAAUAAUACUAUAUGUAAGGAGAUGUGUAUUCUUACAAUUCUCCACUUCUCACAGUUCUCAACAGUAUAUGUACCCCAUAGGUAUCCUUACGAAUCACACGAAAAAGACCUAUUAAUACGCAUAGUAGUGGUGUUUGUACUCGUGACUUUCAAUACAUAACAUAUUCGUAUUAUGACAUCUCUGUAUUUAGGAUAUUUAGGGUAUUAAGGAUAUUUAGGAUACUUAGGAUACUUAGGAUAUUUAGCAUAUGUGCGAUAUUUAGGAUAUUUAGGAUAUUCAGAAUAUUUAGGAUAUUUAGGAUAUUUGGGAUAUUUGGGAUACUUAGGAUACUUAGGAUAUUUAGGCUAUUUAGGAUACUUAGGAUGUUCAGGGUAUUUAGGAAAUUUAGGAUAUUUAUGGUAUUUAAUAUAUUUAGGAUAUUUAGGGUAUUUAGGCUAUUUAGGAUACUUAGAAUAUUUAGGAACAUUUCUUAUCUUAGCAAGUGCCGAUCGAUUUGCCAUGUCAAGUUCAUAUGUGAACAUUCGAACAUGGGCAACAAUAAAAAUUGCUCGGAGAACAGUUCUUAUCGCUAUUCUUGCCUGUGAUUGGUAUUGGUGCAUGCCUAAAGGAGAUGGGUCUGGGGCUGCGUACGCUUUGGUUGAAGAUUUUAUGGUUCACAUUUACCAUUGGAAUCAUCGUCAAUUUGUUGAAAGACAAGAUGAUUUGAUUGCAAAUAUCGAAAGAAGAAUGAUGAAUGCUGAAUUUAUUCUGUCAUCGGAUAAUGCUACAACAAUCGUCGUAAACGAAAAAGUUGAUCCCGAACUGUGUACAUUUGUUAUUCAGGAAGAGUAUGAAUUAGAAAUUAAUGUAGUUGGUAUUAAAGUACAUGAAAAAAUGAUAAUAUGCAUCAAGUGCAAAAAAGAGCUUGAUAUUAUUGAUAUUGAAAUGAUGUAUGACUGCAAUAAUUCUGGUACACUGUGA